AUGGCAACAGCAGCGGUCAUCAGCGGCCGGUGGACGCGCGUCCGCACGCUCGGCCGCGGCGCGUCGGGCGCGGUGGUGUCGCUCGCCGCCGACGAAGCCUCGGGCGCGCUCUUCGCGGUCAAGUCCGUGCCCGCGGGGACGUCGGCGGCCGAGCACCUGCGGCGCGAGGGGGGCAUCCUGUCCGCGCUCCGGUCCCCGCACGUCGUCCCCUGCCUGGGCGUCCGCGCCGCACCCGACGGGGGCUUCCAGCUGCUCCUCGAGUUCGCGCCGGGGGGCUCGCUCGCGGACGUGGCGGCUCGGAGCAGCGGCGGCGGGCGCCUCGGCGACGACGAGCGUGCGGUGGCCGCCUACGCCGCGGACGUGGCGCGGGGCCUGGCGUACCUCCACGCGCGGUCGCUCGUGCACGGGGACGUCAAGGCGCGGAACGUCGUGGUCGGCGCCGACGGCCGCGCCAAGCUCGCGGACUUCGGGUGCGCCAGGGCGGUGGGCAGCUCCGGCUCCGGCUCCGCCUCCGCGCGCCCCACCAUCAUCGGCGGCACGCCGGCGUUCAUGGCGCCCGAGGUGGCUCGCGGGGAGGAGCAGGGCCCCGCCGCCGACAUCUGGGCGCUGGGCUGCACCGUCGUCGAGAUGGCCACGGGCCGCGCGCCGUGGAGCGACGUGGUGGACAGCCUCCCCGCGGCCGUGCACCGGAUCGGGUACACCGACGCCGUGCCGGAGGUGCCCGCGUGGAUGUCCGCCGAGGCCAAGGACUUCCUGGCCCGCUGCUGCUUCGCGAGGAACCCGCGCGACCGGUGCACGGCGGCGCAGCUCUUGGAGCACCCGUUCCUGCUGGCGUCAGCAGCCGGCUGCGGCGGCGUCAAGGCGGAGGGGGCGGCUGCUGCGGCGGAAUGGCGGGUGUCUCCCAAGAGCACGCUGGACGCCGCGCUCUGGGAAUCCGACGCCGACGAUGACUCCGAUGACGAGGGCGACGUGUCGGAGAGCCCCGCCCAGAGAAUCAAGGCAUUGGCCUGCCCCUGCUCGGCCUUGCCGGACUGGGAUUCCGAAGAAGGCGAUUGGAUUGAAGUGCUCGGUGAGCAAUGUGAGGCCACCAAUUUGGUACCACUACCAACCAAAGAUGUGGCCGGCGAAGACGAGUGCCAGCUCCUGAGUGAGGUGUUGGAGACAGAGGUUGAUUUCCUCGACGCCGGCGGAGAGGGCGAUGAUCCUGAGUGUUUUGUAGCUGUAGGAUUAGCUACUGCUCCGUCAGCUGAGCUGCAGGAAGAGCAGUGUAGGGGUCGCAGUCGCUGUAAUCCAACUACCGAGGCGGCGACGGCGAGGCGUUGUGAGUUGGGAAUGACCGGGGAGUACAUCCCCUGCCCAUGGGGCCAUGCUAAAAGUAGUGGCCAGAUCAUACCAGUAAAGGCAAUUUCCAAUUUGGAAGCAUCGCAAUCUGGGGAUUUCUGGCCAAAUCCUUUCUUUGGGCAUGGCAUUGGCCACUAUUUACAAAUCGUUCACCAAUCCUCACCCAUCGAGCAGCCAUUGGCGCACAUUCGGCGCCUGAUUCUCCAGCUGAUAACGAUGAACUCCGCCGGCUUAGAUGGCGGCCGAGUUCCAGUGAGCUAG